AUGUUACAGUGCAUGAGAUCAAACACCAAACAUCUGGUGGCCUUGAAGGCCAUACCAAAGUGUUUUGCCAACUUCGCUAAAAGAGAGGUGUACAUACACAAACAACUCAGGGAACUUGUCCAAGAGGAGAACAACUUGAUCAAAAUUAAGAGGCGUUUUAAGCUUGAUGGAAAUAUUUUUCUGGAAUUUGAAAAUCUGGAUGUGGCUCUUGAUGAUUUAAUCAAGAAAUUCAACAGGCCACUGUCUCUGUCUGAGAUUCAAGUGAUCACACAACAGAUGCUGGUGGCGCUGAACGCUCUCAAGCUCAUAAGAAUGGUCCACGCCGACAUCAGGCUAGAAAACAUCAUGUUGAGUUUAGAGCCCUUUAAGGUGAAGCUCGUAGAAUUUGGUCUGGCUCGGAAUGUCUCCGAAAUGAGUCGUGGCGAUUCUUUGUAUCGCCUCGAGUACAGAGCCCCUGAAAUCCUGCUGGGCCUGCGUCUAAAUGAGGCCGUGGACAUGUGGGCGCUUGGCUGCCUGAUGGCCCGAAUGUACAUUGAGGCCGACUUGUAUUCAGGAGAAUGUGAAUUAGCGAAAAUGGAAGAUGUUGUGCUGUUGAAUGGUCAACCCGAUGAUCGAAUGUUGUUUUUUGGAAUUCAUACCAAGAGGUACUUUGCAGAAUCGGGGACCGAACUGGAACUGAAAACAGACUGCGUCUGUUCGUUCCAGUCAGUUAACUGCUUUUCCUACGGGAGUCACCCACCAUAUCGUUACUCCUCGGCGAAACGGUUUAUCAGUUUCAACGACAUUGUGAUGGCUCGCCCGGAUGCAACUGGGCAUGAGGACACAGAGGCCUUUGUUAGCCUCCUCAGAAAUAUGCUGCAAGUAGAUCCAGGGAAAAGAAUCACUCCAAACAAAGCUCUACGACAUCCUUUUAUAACGAUGAAACAUUUUCCUAGCGAUUUCAUUCCUCACAAUUUAACUGUCGUUUCCACCAGUGAGAAACUACCGCCCACAGGUAGCUUAAAUAACAUGGUUGCUGAGUCAUCACCUGAAUCUGCUGGCCGUAAUUCUAGAGCAGCCAAUAAAAGCUCGGACGACUCAUUAGAUGAUGAGGAUGAUGAGUUUUCAUCUCACUCAGAUGGUCAUGUCUCUGGAGCGUCUGCAAACAGCUGCGGCGACUCAUCAGAUGAUGAAGAAACUGAUUCUGAGAUGUCUGGAGCAACCACGAAAAGUUUAGAUGACUUGUCAGAUGAUGAAGAUUCAAAUGCUGAGAUUUCUAGAGCAUCCAGAAAUAGCUCGGAUGAACCAUCAGAUGAUAAAGAAACUGAUGAGACUUCACCUGCCUUUGCUAGCGAUUAUUCUUAUAUUAGUAACAAAAUUAGCAAUGAAGAAGUAACCAAGGUAAAGUCUUCAAAAAGGAUUCGCAGAUUCCUAUCACAGCUGUUCAAGAAGUUCAAGAAGAGGUAG